GUGACGACAAUGACAGGGAAACACUAGGGCAGGGCAAAACCAAAAACAAUAGGGGGGCACGGCUGUGGCCGUGACACUCCAGGGAAAUAGAAGACGUAGCUUCAUGAAAGAGUGGUACAGUAAGCAGAAAUGGAUAGAAUACUCGCAAAGUAAAGACUCUGCGUACUGCUAUGCUUGUCGGCACUUUAGUCUCCCUUCUUCAGGUAUUUCAGUGUUCACAUCUGAAGAGGGGUUCAGAUUGGAAAAAAGCAACUAACAAAGAUGGGGGUUUUGUUGGCCAUGCAAAAUCUGAAUCACACUGUAAUGCUAUGUUAGCAUGGGCAGAAUAUAACAAGGUGACUGCAGGCGAAUGCUCUCUCUCAGCCUCAUUAAAUGCAGAGUAUAAUAAAUUAGUGAGGGAAAAUAGAGAAUACAUAAAAACUGUUGGAGAAACCUUGCUCCUCACAGCCACGCAAAACAUUGGACAGAGAGCACAUAAUGAAACAGAAGGUCAGAACAAAGGAAACUUUCUUUCUAUCAUGGAACUGCUAGCAAAGCAUGAUCAAACAGUCAAAAGAAAAAUGACAUGUCAAAGAAAUGCUACAUACCUUGGUCAUAAUACACAAAACGAAAUGAUUGAUUGCCUAGCUGAAAUGGUCCGUUCCUCAAUAAUUACUGAAGUUAAACAAAGUGAGGUUUUCAGUAUUAUGGUUGAUGAGACCAAAGACAUUAGCAAAAAGGAACAGAUGUCUUUUUUAGUGCGUUAUUAUUACAAUGGGUCAAUAUGUGAAAGUUGUCUCACCUUUGAGGCAGCAGAACGCCUCAAUGCUGCAGCACUUUCACAGAAAAUUAUAGAAAUACUACAGAAGUAUGGCCUUGACUACAGAAACCAUCUAGUUGGGCAAGCAUAUGACGGUGCCUCUGUUAUGAGUGGGAAGAACAGAGGUGUGCAAGCACGCAUCAAGUCAGAUGCCCCCUUAGCUUUUUAUGUUCACUGCAAUGCACACUGCUUGAAUUUAGUAUUAGUUGACAGUGUGAAAUGCAUCCCUAAAGCCUAUUGUUUCUUUUCUCUUUUGCAGAAACUGUAUGUUUUUGUGUCUGGGUCAUAUGUGCACCAAAGGUGGUUAGAGGUACAGAGGGAGAUGUUUCAGGGGCCCCCGAGAGAGUUGCAAAGGCUGAUAGAGAUACGGUGGGCAUGUAGGUACAAAGCUUGCAAGACAGUGAAGGACAGACUGCCAGCUAUCAUGCGUCUACUAAAAGACAUUUCUGAAGAAAGAAAUGGUGACAGAGCUGUAGAGGCAAGAGGUUUAUUGGCCCAAAUAGAUCUGAAGUUUGUUGGACUCCUUGUUACAUUAACCAAUGUCUUUGGUGAAAUAAAUCAUCUAUCAGAUGUUUAACAGUCCCUACAACUCAAUUUGGGCACAGCUGUUACCCUUAUCGACUCUCUUGCUGAAACUUUGAAUAGUUAUAGAGAGGGCUCUCACUUUAAUGAUAUUUGGGACAGUACUGUGACCCUUACCGAGCAAUGCAACAUCGGUAUUGGACCUUCAGGGCGUCAGGUCACACCAAGCUCUAGGCUUGAAGGUUACUACAUUUCCACUCCAAUAGCUCAAAGACAGGUCAACACUGAUUAGGAAUCAUUUCGGGCAGAUUAUUUUAUUCCCAUUAUUGAUGUGCUUCUCUCUGAGGUGAAGAGAAGAUUUUCAAAAGAAAAUAUUGUAAUACUGGAAGGGAUACAAGCUUUGAAUCCCUGAAGUUCCACAUUUUGUGAGAAGAAUGUAGUGUUACCAUUUGCCUUACAAUAUAAAUGCAGCACUGAGAAUCUAGAGUAUGAGAUUCCUCAGCUAAAACGGACUCUAAAUGGGAAGAAAUCUAGUGGUUUGAAAACACCAACCAGUUUAUUAGAGCUUACUGUAUUUCUUGAGCCAUAUAGGGAGAUGU